AUGGCCAGUUGGGUUCUAUCGGAUUGUGGCUUGAGGCCGCUCCCAAGAAUUUACCCCAAACCAACAACUGCCCAUCUCCAAUCUUCAUUCAAUUUCAACCCCCAAAAUCUGAGAUUCUCGACAACAACUCAGGGGACUAAUUCUUUCUCAAGUUUAUCAAUUGGGAUUGACAGAAACAGGAGAUGGGGUUUGAAAGUGAGUGCCCCUUUGAGAGUAGAGCAAGUCGAAGAAGGGAGGAAUGAAGAGGUCGUCGGAGAAGAGUAUUUUGACCCUGGGGCACCACCUCCGUUUAAGCUGUCUGAUAUUAAGGCAGCUAUUCCUAAGCACUGUUGGAUAAAAGAUCCAUGGCGGUCUAUGAGCUAUGUUAUGAGGGAUGUGGCUAUUGUUUUCGGAUUGGCUGCUGUGGCUGCUUAUCUCAACAGUUGGGUUGUUUGGCCUUUGUAUUGGUUUGCUCAGGGGACUAUGUUCUGGGCUCUCUUUGUUCUUGGCCAUGACUGUGGGCAUGGAAGCUUUUCAAACAACCCCAAAUUGAAUAGCGUAGUCGGUCAUCUUCUACACUCUUCGAUUCUUGUCCCUUACCAUGGAUGGAGAAUUAGCCAUAGGACACAUCAUCAGAACCAUGGACAUGUUGAGAAUGACGAAUCUUGGCACCCAUUAUCUGAGAAGAUUUUCAAGAGUUUAGAUAAUGUCACCAAGAAAUUAAGGUUCACAUUGCCUUUUCCUCUACUGGCAUAUCCCAUCUAUCUGUGGAGUAGAAGCCCCGGGAAAACGGGAUCUCAUUACCACCCAGAUAGUGACUUGUUCGUUCCAAAUGAGAGAAAAGAUGUAAUUACAUCGGCUGUUUGUUGGACAGCAAUGGUGGCAUUGCUUGCUGGUUUAUCUUUUGUAAUGGGUCUUGGCCAAGUGAUAAAACUAUAUGGCAUACCUUAUUUGGGUUUUGUAAUGUGGCUCGACUUGGUCACAUACUUGCAUCACCAUGGGCAUGAAGAUAAACUCCCUUGGUACCGUGGGAAGGAAUGGAGUUAUCUUAGAGGUGGGCUUACGACCCUUGAUCGUGAUUAUGGUUGGAUUAAUAACAUCCACCACGACAUUGGAACACAUGUGAUUCACCACCUCUUCCCACAAAUCCCUCACUACCACUUGAUAGAAGCUACUGAAGCAGCUAAACCUGUUCUAGGGAAGUACUACCGAGAGCCACAAAAAUCAGGCCCCCUUCCAUUGUACUUGCUGGGAGUCCUUUGGAGGAGCAUGAAGAAGGAUCAUUAUGUGAGUGACGAUGGUGAUAUUGUUUACUACCAAACAGACCCAGAACUCAGUGGAGCUAAAAACCCAUAG